GACCUGAAGAACAGCAAGGUACAUCUCUAGCCAGUAUGUGGACUUUGGUAGCCUCUAUAUUGUGCCUGAUGACCUCUCUUACAGACACUAAAGAAACUUGCCCAGAUGUAAAGCUUGUAGGCAUUGAAGGCUCUGAGAAGUUGGCUAUACUUCGUGGAUGUCCUGGAUUGCCUGGUCCUCUUGGUCAGAAGGGUGAACCUGGAGCCCCCUCAGAGAAAGGAGCAAAAGGAGAACCUGGGAAAGCUGGACCUGCCGGGCCACCAGGGGUAGUUGGUGUUCCCGGAGUUAAAGGUCAAAAAGGAGAGAAAGGAGACACGGGCACUCCAGACCGAGGAUAUGCUGCACGGAACUGCAAAGAACUGCUCAACCUGGGCCAUUUCCUCAGUGGCUGGUACACCAUAUAUCCUGACGGGGAGAAGUCACUAACAGUUUUCUGUGACAUGGAUACGGAAGGAGGAGGAUGGAUUGUAUUCCAGAGGCGUUAUGAUGGCACAGUUAAUUUUUUUAGAGAAUGGAAGGACUACAAGAGAGGGUUUGGUAACCAGCUUAGUGAAUUCUGGCUGGGGAAUGAUAAUAUCCAUAUGCUGACAUCAUCUGGAACACACGAGUUUCGGGUUGACCUGAUCGAUUUUGAAAAUAAUUUCAGUUUUGCUGCCUAUGCUUCAUUUGCCAUUUUGGGAGAAGAGGAUAAUUACAAGCUGAAGAUUGGAGUUUUUACUGGAGGCAGUGCAGGUGACUCUCUGGUCUAUCAUAACAACCGUCCCUUUUCCACAAAAGACAGAGACAACGAUGAAUACGGCAGCAACUGUGCAGCAGAUUUUAAAGGUGCUUGGUGGUAUGGAAGCUGUCAUAACUCUAAUCUCAAUGGGCUGUAUUUAAGGGGGAAACAUGAGAGUUAUGCAAAUGGCGUUAAUUGGGAGAGCGGCAUGGGACAGCAUUACUCUUAUAAAAACACAGAAAUUAAGUUUAGGCCGGUGUAG